AUGAGCUCCUUGAAGCAAUUCAUUCGAAAUGUGCGAGCCUCGAAGACUAUUGCCGACGAGCGAGCUGUUGUCCAGAAAGAGAGCGCCGCAAUAAGAGCAAGCUUUAGAGAGGAGAGCGGAGAUUCUAACGUCAGACGGAAUAAUGUGGCCAAGCUGUUGUAUCUCUUCACACUCGGCGAGCGCACACAUUUCGGGCAGAUAGAAUGCCUCAAGCUUCUAGCCUCACCUCGAUUCGCGGACAAGCGUUUGGGCUACCUGGGUACGAUGCUGCUGCUCGACGAGAACCAGGAAGUUCUGACGCUGGUGACCAACUCUCUGAAAAAUGACCUGAACCACUCCAACCAAUACAUUGUUGGACUUGCCCUCUGCACCCUUGGAAACAUUGCUUCCGUUGAAAUGUCCAGAGAUCUCUUCCCCGAAAUCGAAACCCUUCUCUCAACUGCGAACCCGUACAUUCGGCGGAAGGCUGCACUUUGUGCUAUGCGGAUAUGUAGAAAGGUGCCAGAUUUACAGGAGCACUUCCUUGAGAAGGCGGCGUCACUCCUGUCGGACCGAAACCAUGGUGUUCUGCUGUGCGGAUUGACAUUAGUCACAAGUCUCUGCGAGGCCGAUGAAGCUGAAGGAGGCGAGGAGGGCAUCGUCGAGAAAUUCAGGCCGUUCAGUGGAGGUCUGGUCCGAACAUUGAAGGCUCUCUCCAGCUCUGGUUACGCUCCAGAACACGAUGUUACCGGAAUCACGGAUCCAUUUCUCCAAGUCAAAAUACUUCAAUUAUUGCGGGUUCUAGGUCGUGGCGACGCGCAGACGAGCGAGCAGAUUAACGACAUUUUGGCCCAGGUCGCUACCAAUACCGAUUCCUCGAAGAACGUGGGAAAUUCCAUUCUCUACGAAGCUGUGCUUACCAUUCUAGACAUUGAGGCAGAUUCUGGACUGAGAGUUCUUGGCGUCAACAUUCUCGGUAAAUUUCUCUCGAACCGAGACAACAAUAUUCGCUAUGUUGCACUGAAUACACUCAUCAAAGUUGUUGCAGUUGAGCCGAACGCUGUCCAGAGACAUCGAAACACCAUCCUUGAAUGUUUGCGAGACCCAGACAUCAGUAUCAGGAGGCGAGCUCUAGAUCUGAGCUUUACGCUUAUCAACGAGAGUAAUGUGCGACUGUUGAUCCGGGAACUGCUUGCUUUCUUGGAAGUCGCAGACAAUGAGUUCAAGCCAAUUAUGACCAGUCAGAUCGGUGUGGCAGCUGAUAGGUUUUCUCCAAACAAGCGAUGGCACGUCGAUACGAUGUUGAGAGUAUUAUCACUGGCUGGUAACUACGUCAAAGAGCAAAUCCUUUCAUCUUUUAUCCGACUAAUAGCAACAACUCCUGAAUUACAGACCUACGCAGUACAGAAGCUGUAUACUGGGUUGAAGAAGGACAUCACCCAGGAGAGUCUGACUCUCGCCGGUGCAUGGUGUAUCGGAGAAUACGGCGAUGCCUUGUUGAGAGGGGGCCAAUAUGAAGAGGAGGAAUUGGUACAGGAAGUAAAACAGAGCGAGGUUGUCGAUUUGUUCUCGACUAUCCUGAACAGCAGCUAUGCCACACAGAUCACUACAGAGUACAUCAUCACAUCUUUGAUGAAGCUGACGACCCGCUUCACGGACCCGGCCCAGAUUGACAGGAUACGACGCAUUCUGCAGAGCAAUUCUGCAAGUCUGGAUGUCGAGGUGCAACAACGAGCCGUCGAAUACGGAAACUUGUUCGGCUAUGAUGCGAUCCGAAAGGGGGUUCUAGAGAAAAUGCCACCACCACAGAUCAAGGAGGAAUCGAGAGUGUUAGGUGAAGCUACGAAAAAGCAGAGUAAAGCCUCCAACAGGAAAUCAAAGGUCGUCAAACCUGCGGAACAGGACUUGUUAUUUGAUCUGAUGGGUGAUGGUGGCAUGCCUGCUGCAGAUAUGGGGACUAACGGGUCUCAAAAUAAUGCAGACUUACUUGCAGAUAUCCUUGGCGGCAGUAACUCGCCUGCAGCAACAUCGCCUACGCCUCAAAAAACCAACAUGAAUUCGAUCAUGGAUCUGUUCGAUAACUCAGGCCCAGCACAACCUCCAGCAAGCUCAGCAGCGCCAUCAAACGACCUCUUCUCUGGGAUGUCGUCUCCGCCGCCGCAAGCAUCUCCUGCGAGUAUUCCAGCCCAUCCUUGCUACGACAAGAACGACUUGAACAUUACAUUACAGUUGCAACGGAAUUCAGAGGGUUCAAUAUUGGUGAUGGCACGUUUUAGAAAUGGCUCCAUGCAUCAAGCAAUCUCGACUGUCGCUUUGCAGGCAGCAGUACCGAAGACUCAGAAGCUGCAACUGAAUGCGAUGUCGAAUGCUGAACUGGGGCCGGGCUCAGAGGCGACACAGACCAUGAAGAUCACUGGUAGCAAAGGACCUUCGCUCCGCUUGCGUUUGAAGAUAUCCUAUUCACAUCCGUCCUCAGGCCCGGUUACGGAUCAGGUUGAUUGGUCAGAACCUAGAUGA